CCCCUUUGUGUUUCGCGCACCGUCAAUCAAAAUAGAAAAAAAUCGACCCGAAUUCACCGAUCAACACUACUAGCCAGUCUAUGAUGAAAUGGUCAUGUUUGGAGCGGCUUUUAAUAACGUCCCCGUUCGGGAUGUAAACCAUUAAAACAUUCAGCGAAUAGAAGUACGACCCGGGCGGUGAGUUUUAUUGACAGGAGUUGCGUCUUUUUUUAAAACCCUUUUUUUUUUUUUGCUCGGCGGCUAACUAGCUCGGCUAUGGUGAGCUAGCAGCCGAGCUAGCAGGCUAGCGACGGAGUUGUAAACAGCCGUUCUCCGUGUCCCGCUGGCCCGUCGCGCCCCCUGCAAAGUUGACGGGAGUUGUGGCACGGUGGGCAGAGGUGGAAAAGUAUUUUUUUUUUUCGCGGGGAGGGAGGACCGAGCGCGAGUCGCAACGGGGGAUGCUUUGCGGGGCUUUCAAGGCCCGACGGGAGUUGAAGAUUACCGAGUGAAACAAGGGAGAAAUGGCGUCCGCGGACGUGGACAGCAGUCAAAGCGACUUCCUUCAGGAAACGCAGACGACAGACAUGUCUGCCAUUCAGCUGUCCGCAUCAGAUCGCUGGGAGGUGUUAACACCCGUCUCGGCCGCCAAGGAUGAUCCCAAUAGCGGUAUCGUCACAUCCAACGGCCAGUACGUGCUUCCCCUUGGGGGUCUCCCCAGCCAGCCCAUCUAUGUCACUGCGCCUGGGGGGGAGGCGGCGGCCAACGGCGUGUCGGGCAUUCAGUAUCAGGUCAUCCCUCAGAUCCAAAACGCAGACGGAACGCUGACGAGCUUCCAGGCGCAAGGCUUGGAUGACGGCACGGGGCAGAUCCAGCUCCUCUCAGACGGCGGCCAAGGCGGCAUCGGAAUCAGCUGCGCCGCCGCGUCCACCACGGACCUCCUGACGCAGGCGGGGCAAGUGCAGCCCAUCCAGGGUCUUCCGCUGUCUGGGGGCUCAGCGUACCCCGUGGGGCUGCCCGGCAACAUCACCUUCGUGCCCAUCAACAGCGUGGACCUGGAGUCGCUGGGCCUGACGGCGGCGCAGACGGUGCCCAUCGCCACCGGCGUGACGCCGGAGGGCCAGUUGAUCAUGAGCGGCCAGACGCUGGAGAGCGCCGGGCAGGACGGAAAACUGACGGUGGGGGGUGACAGAAAUCAGGAGCUCUAUGUGCCCACCUCAGACACCCCCUCGCAGAUCCCCGCCACCAUCGACGGGACGGGCGUGCUGACCCAAGCCACAGCCGUGUCCGCCGGCGUGUCGGACCCUUCGUCCUCUUCAGAGAACUUUAAUUCCCACCUCCAGCAGAUCCAGGUGCCAUCCUCCAGCGCCGCCGCCCCUGUGGCCACGCUCUCGCAACCCAUCCUGCAGCUUUCGGGCGACGGUCAGACCCAGGUGACGGCGGGCCAGGACCUGAACGCGGCGGCGGGGCAGACCCUGCAGAGCGUCCAGCUGGUCAACCCGGGGACCUUCCUCAUCCAGGCCCAGACGGUCAGCGCCACCGGGCAGAUCCAGUGGCAGACGUUCCAGGUUCAAGGCGUUCAGUCGCUUCAGGGCCUCCAGCUGCCUCAAGGGCAGGGUCAGGCGCAGCAGCUGACCUUGGCCCCCGUGCAGACUCUCCCACUGGGCCAGGCGGGCCAGGUCAGCCUGCCCAACCUCCAGACUGUGACCGUCAACUCACUGACGCAAAGUGGGGUUCAUUUCACGCAGCAGGGCGAUGACACCAACAGCCCGGGCGGCAUCCAAAUCAAGGAGGAGCCCGAAUCUGAAGAUUGGCACCUGAGCGGCGACUCCACCCUCAACCCCAGCGACCUGAACAACCUGCGCGUGCAGAUGACCGUCGACGACGACGCCGACGCCGCCAGCGGCGAGGGCAAGCGGCUACGGCGGGUGGCCUGCACCUGCCCCAACUGUAAAGAGUCUGGAGGAAGAGGUUCUGGGCUGGGCAAGAAGAAGCUCCACAUCUGCCACAUCGUCGGCUGCGGCAAAGUGUACGGCAAGACGUCGCACCUGCGCGCCCACCUGCGCUGGCACAGCGGCGAGCGGCCCUUCGUGUGCAACUGGAUGUACUGCGGCAAAAGGUUCACCCGGAGCGACGAGCUGCAGAGACACAGGAGGACGCACACAGGCGAGAAGAAGUUUGUGUGCGGCGAAUGCUCCAAGCGCUUCAUGCGCAGCGACCACCUGGCCAAGCACAUAAAGACUCACCAGAACAAAAAGGGCGGCGCGCCCGCCUCGUCGUCGUCGCCCUUGCCCGCCGACACCCUCAUCACGGCCGACGGCACCACACUCAUCCUGCAGUCGGCCGCCGCCCACAAUCUGGUGGCCAAUCAGGAGAUCCCGCUACAGCUGGUCACCGUGGCGCCCGGCGAGGUGUUGGAAUGAGCGCGGGAUGGACGGGUGAGAGAACUGGCCUAUCACAAGGACCUCCUCUCUUAUCUCCUUUCUCAUUUUUUUUUUUUUUUACAUAUGAAUAUAAAUAUAUAUGACAAAUAUAUAUAUUUUAAGAGUUAUCCAGACUUUUGUUUUUGCAGUCUUUUUAUAGGCCGGCGGAAGCAUUCAAAAUGGUUGCUAUGUAAACACACACUUGCACACACACACACAUACACACACACACACACACACGCAAUACACAACGAAAUGCCUUAUUUUGUAUCAUAGUCAUGUAUAAAAUGCUGGAGGUGCAUGUGUAUUUUUUGUUGUUUUUCUUUUUUAAAUACAAAAGUCCGUCACCGAAAGAGUCCCCGACCUGUUUGGGAAGUGCGCUUACAGUAAAGUUGUUCCAAGUCACCAACAGUCUUGUCCCGACAAACUACCCGAUGCAAAAUAAAAAUAAAUGGUUUUCUGAUCAUAUAAAUGCCACCAGACCAAAGAUCAUGAAAGGAGACCAGCGCUUGUGUCACUUUGGUAAUGGUUUUGCAAACGCAAGGCUAAUUAGCUAACGCAAAGCGAACAUCCCGUAACGUUUUAGGAAAAGUGAAUGUGACGAGUGGCACUGCGCUUAUACUAUCGUCUUGAAGAUGGACACAGAUCAGUCGUUCUUGUUGCAUUUUAAUUAUGCACUACACUAAAAAAUUGCCCAACGAUGGUAAUGUCACGAAACCACUUGUCACAUUUCCUGAACGAGAUCAUCACAUCUGGUGGCCUCAAAACAGGGUUUUGUGAAUGCUAGCCCAAAGCGCUAAUGCUAAGUGAACUUCCGAAAAAGUCUGUGACAAGUGGGUCAACAUGUUUGGGAAGCGCAUUUAUAAUGUCGUUGUUCAGGUCGCCGUCCACGCACUCAUUGUACGAGCUCACUCGUUUUUCUCGGUUUGCUGUCGUCGUGCAUUAAACUAACACCCCGUGUCACAUCGUUUCCUGGCUGAGAUCAUCUCCUGCGGCCACCUCAGACAUGGUUUUGCUAAUGUGCUAAUGCUAGUGCUAAUGCUGGACUUCACAUAAUGUUGGAAAGAGUGAUGACUGGGUCAUCGCAUUUUGGAAGUGCGCUUAUAAUGCCGUUGUUAAGGUUGCUAUGAAAACACCUUAAUGCCAUUGUUCAUUGGUUUUACUCACCGUUUAGUUUUGCAUGAAAAUAAAACGUUUUCCAAUCACGCCAAUGUGACAAGACCGCAUGUCACGCCGUUUCCCGGAUGAGGCCAUCACUUCUGGUAGCCUCUGGGAUUUUUGCAAAUGUUCAGUGAGCUUCCCAAAAUGUGUUAAAAUUGAAGAAUGGCAAGUAGGGAGCUGACAACAUGUGCAGCUCUUUGAGCAUCCGAUCCAGAAUGUUCCCCAGAAUGUUUUGCUUUUUUUCUCUGAAAAUGUGUACUUUGACCACUGUUUUUAUUUUUCUUUCUAAAUCAUGCCAACAAAAAAUAUGCAUCUCCAAAUCACCCCCCCCACCCCCAAAGAAAGACAGACUUUUUUUAGAUGAAAGGAACAAAAAUGUACAAAAUGUGGAGUUGCAUGUUUUUUGUUUUGCAGUGACUAAGUGGUAAAUUCACAUUUGUGUGCUGAAAAUUGGGGCAAACAGAUGCAACAAAUCAUAGCGGCAAACAUUCCAGUCCAAAUAUGAGGUGGGAUUUUGUUUUUGCAAUAAACCAGAUGUGUUCUUGAAAGUUGGCGGAAAAAAAACUAAACAGUCAUGCUAAUUUUGUUGUUGUUUCAUCGUUUCCCCCAUGUAUAAUCCUCCUGUUUGUCCGCAUGUUGGUAGCAUUCAUUUACAUGUGUAUUAUCUUAUUGUUUAUAGAAGCCAUCACUUAGUUAACGCAAUUUAUUUCAGUGUAUCAAAACCUUAUUUUAAAAUGAUUUUUUAAGAGUCGGUGUAAAAAUUGAAUGUUAUCUUUUUUUGUAAAACUUUUUUUCAAAUGGAUCACAAUAAAGUCUGAAACAUUCAGUCAA